AUGCUUGAAGUCGUUGCCAUGCUGCUGGUGGCGGUCGAAGAUGGUACGGUCGAGUUAGUUGAGGAGAAGGGAGUGGGCUUUUCAGUAGAGGAAGUGUUCCAAAUACCGGUGCACGAAGUGAUGGAGAUGAUCGUACCAGACGCGACGGUUCCGCUGGACGUCAAACUCACACUAGUGUUGGCCAUCGUAGCAGUAGACGAGGUGGCAUUCAGGAUGUUGCUGCUGGUCAAUAAAGUUAUCGUCGAAGUGAUAUUAGCAGUCGAGGUUGAUUCAUCAGUGCACGAAGUCGGAGAAACAAUGGUGGUCAGGUUGGUCCAAGUUGGUCCGGUCGAUGUAAAAGUCAAGGAUGUCACAGGUCCCGUUCCGGAGAAGCUGGAUGAGACGCCAGUCGAGCUAAAACCAAUUCCUGUAUUGGUAAAAGACGAAGUCGUGGAGAUGGAAGCAGAAGAAUUGCUCGAAGCAGUGGAUGUGACAGUGGCCGCACUCGUGAUAGUGGUACAGUAG